AACGUAUUUAACUACCUUGUUUACAAUGCAGAGGCUUGCCUGCAUGGCCCUGAGAGUAGUCGGUGCCCCACGUUCACACCAAAAAAAGAAUUUAAGAAGUAUGAGUGUGAAGAUCGGAAACCAGUCAGAGACAGAAAGUUGGAGAGAUAAAAUAAAUGUGAUCCUGCUUGUGGCCACAUUAGUUGCAACUGUUACAUUUCAAGCAGGUUUCACAAUGCCCGGUGGUUAUAACAACACUAAUCCCGACCAAGGAAUUGCAAACAUGCUAGAAAAGGUUAAAUUUCAAGAGUUUGUAAUAUGCGACACCAUAGCAAUGUACAGCUCUAUAAUUGUUGCUGUCACACUCAUAUGGGCACAGCUGGGUGACCCUAGCUCAAUGCGCGUUGCUCUGAAAUUUGCUUUGCUUCUGUUGGGAAUAGCUCUUGCUAUGAUGUCUAUUGCGUUCUUCGCAGGUGUCUACUUAGUCGUCAGCAAACUCGGUUGGCUGGCAAAUGUCGUCUUGCUCAUUGGCUCGAGCUUUAUCUUUGCGCUUGUGGUAAUAUUCCUUCCUCUGUUUUUCUUGGGCUCGUCGAGCUACCAUGUGUUCCGCCACCUGUCAUAUUAUCCAUUCUGCCUUGUGUUAUACACUUUGGGGGCCUAAGAAUCGUAAAUUCGCAUACUAGGUUAUCUGAAGAUAACCUCCAGUUGCAGGUAUUGUGUAAUAAGUUGGGAAUCUUGGUUGUGUUAUUGAUCAAUAAUGUGUUGGUCAAUAGGUGUAAUGUAUGAACUGAAAGGAUUUCAGAAUAA